AUGGCCCUGUUCUUAAUGUGUAUUUCAGCGGCAUGUCUGCACCUAUUUUCCCAUCUGUGGAAUGUUGCUCAACGCCCCGAAUUCGUGCAAUGGAAAAUCGGCAAACUUCUCAAAACCUUGUUUCACAUAAACAAAACGUUUGACUUCAAUCUGACUCAUGUCAUGCUGAUGUCUGUAAUUAUUUGCUUGCUGAGUCUUCGACCCGAUUUCGAGCUGAAAGAAUCGCAAGAAGCUCGUAAGAAUAAAAAGAAGGCAGCAACAUCCACCGACAGCCAGAUGUAA